AUUGCUAAUUUUCCCGAGAUUCAUCUAACGGCCGCCAUAACAGCUGAGAGAAGUUGUUUAUCGGCUCGAACAAAGAUCUACUACAAAGCAAGGAUGAUUUGGAACUAUUUAUGAUUAUAUAUUUCAAUUAGCUUAAACUAAGUCUCCCAGAAAUGUACUGUCUACUUAGAAAUCAAAAUGAUGAUAAAACAAUCGCAAGCUGAAAAAUAAACAAAACGGUGUCACAACAAAACCACUGUCACUGACACUUUGUUAUCCUGUUUCCUCAACAAGUUAAAUAAAAAAAAUACGCUUCAUUUAUUUAUUUUGUUAGAAUAUGGGAUCAAGAGGCGUACCUGUGGAUAAGAUAAACCUUAGACUUAUACUGGUUAGUGGCAAGACAAAAGAAUUUUUGUUUUUACCGAAUGAUUCAGCGGCAGAUAUAACCGAUCAUGUUUAUACAAACUGGCCAACAGAUUGGUCAGAAGAACAGCUACCUAGUAGUAACAUACUGAGGUUGAUAUACCAAGGAAGAUUUCUCCACGGGAAUGUUACACUUGGUGCUUUACAGUUACCGGUUGGUAAAACAACAGUAAUGCAUCUAGUGGCAAGGGAAAAUUUACCAGAGCCAAAUAAUCAAGGUCAGUUGAAGAAAGAUAAAAGUGGAGAGAGUGGUUGCGGUACAUGUUGUGUAAUACUAUGACAUCAUUAUAGAACACAAUCGGCAACUCUCACUAGUCUGUGAUAUUUAGUACCAAAGGGGAGGUAACUCUCCAAGCAGAUCUGUAAAUCAUUAUUAUAUCAAAUUUUUACUGCCAAACAAACUGAAGAUGACUACUGUUCUGCACAGUUUGGCAUUUUUGUUCACAUCAUAUUAUAAUAUAGAAUUGCACAAUAUCAUCAUCAUCAUGGGAUAGGAAUUGAUUUUUAUCAUGGGAUCGGAAAUGAUUAAAUCAUGGGAUCUGAAAUGAUUUAUAUUUAACAACAAGCAGGGAACAGAUCCUUCAUGCAGCAGGAAUGCAGUCACAUAAUUCAUUAUUUGAAAGAGAAAAUUUGAAUAUAUUAGUUUCAUAUGAAAUUUUUCAUGACAUUUUUUAUUUAUUAUCAUUCUAAAACAACAAAAUGUGCAAUUGAUAAUAUUUCACAAUUAAUUGAAUUCAAAUUACAAAAUGAAAAAGGGGUGAUCUUUACACUUCAGGAAAUCAACGUGUUGAUAGAUAACAGAACUUUUAAACCCGUCUGCAAAAUAAAGCAUCUCAUUAACACAGUAACAAAAUUCGACCUCAUCUGCUGGUAUUUGGAUAUAAGUUAUGGAAUCUAGUUGCUAUUUUUUUAAACAACAAUUUUCAAAGAUUGUCAGUGAAACUAUUCAUUACUUAGAAAAAAAACCUGAAAAAGCUAUAUCACUUAGAGUAUUUCCAGUAAGAUAUCCUCAUAAAAUGAUAAAAUGCUGAAAGGGAGGUAAUCCACUACCUCAGAACAAAGUGCUGUAAGGAUGUUUUAUUUAAUGACUGGUUGUUUGCUCAAUGAUUACUUUUGACUCCAUAAAUAUUUCUAGAUAGUAUAAAAAAUUAUUGUGAGAAUUAAUAGGAAAACAGUUUGGGUUUUGUUAAUGGCUCUAAUUCGAAUUUUCGUUAAUUAUGUCAAAAACAGUUAUCUUUAAAUACUUGCAAUAUGUUUUUUUUUUAUAGAUUUAAAUAAGGAUUUUCAAGAUUCUUAAAAAAAUUAUUUAGUUGACAUCGACUUAUGAUUAAUUUUAGAUAAAUGAGUGCUUAACCCCCAAAAAAAUGGGAUUAUCUUUUAACAUGUUUAAGUUUGUAUGAUAAACAUGAUAAAUACACAUAAUGACAUUUCUUCUUUGUUAUGAUGGAAAUUUGGUUUUGAUUUUGUGCAUUUCGUCUUAUUAUAAGUAUUGAUGCAAACUGUGCAUUUUCAGAUUUACGAAAUAUGCUAGUCAUUUCUUUGUAAAUCGCUCAGUUAUUUUUAAUUAUCUUUAAGAUUUUUAAAUCGUACAGGAAGUACACACAAUUUUUUUGUUAUCUGUCAUGUUAUUUGUUGACUUGUAAAUAUUUAUAUAAUAUAUGUAAAUUUAUUCAUUUUUGCGUUAAUUGUGCUACAUAAUGUGUUGACUCAUUCUUGUUAUUGUGUGACUUUGUUAAAAUGAAAGAAAGAAUUAUGCAUAAUUUAAUGUUCAGAAUGGUAUAAAUAUUGUUUUUAUUGAGAUGAAGAUUAGUUAUGUGGUCAGCUGAGGGCUUUUUCAGACUUAAAUGCAUGGGGGUUGAUGGGGCAUGGGUGACGCUUUAAAAGACCCUGAUCAGCCUAAAAAUAAAAAUUAUCAAUUGAUUUGAAAUUUUUACAAAUUAAAACCCUAAAAUUUAUCCACAAAAACACAUAUUGUGUAGUAUCAAAUCAUCUCACAUUUUUUUUAUGAAAUUGCUUAUUUUUCUUUAGUACAAUGUAGUAGUUUGUUUUGUAAGUGGUGGUAAUUAUUCUCCAUUCUUUAAACAGAUAAAGUUAGUUAAAGUUUUCAUGAUAUUUUUAAAUAGGUUUCAUGGUUAAAUAUUUUUUUACAUUUCCAUGAAGAUAUUUUAUCCAUUAUUAUUCCCUGAAGUUAUUCUUAUACUGUAAAUUCUGAAAUUAUUGUGAUAAUUUUAUUUAUAAGAAAAUGAGACGGAAUCAGGUUUGCAGUAAUUAAAUCUUGCAUUCAUAAUUUCAGUAGUGGUUUUCUAUAAUUUAUUAUUGUUCUCAUAUUAACAUUCACAUUUUUGCCAAUGGACAACAAAUUGCAAUAUUUAAAUAAAUGUAUGCAUCAGUUUCUGAAUUUACGGUAUUUAAACCAAAUAAUCAUUUCUAGUGCCUGUAGUUACAGGGUUCAAGGACUCUUUCCCAGAAUUUUUUAUUUUUGAUGGUUUGUACUGCUACCAUGCUUUUAGUAUAGGCAACAUUGUACCUAUUGAAUUUAAUUUAAAUUUAACUAAACUUAAUUUUGUGUGAAUUAAUCUCACUGAAAGACAUAACCGCUGACGUAAAAUAAGAUUUUGAACUUGUGAUGAGUGUAUUAAUGUAUGAUGAAGUAAAUUGUAUGUGUGCCUUUUAUGUGUAGUGUGUGAAAUAUAAUUUUCAUGGUGUAGAAUCAUUAAGUAUAGUGUAAUUAGAACAUACACUGUCUUAGUGUUAAGUCUCAGGAGCACAGUUACAUAUAUGUACCUGUAAGCAUGCCGAGGGAAAAAUAAUAAAAUUAGAAAUAUAAAUUAUGGAUUUAAACUUAGCAGAAAAGUAUACCAUCUAAGAAUUAAAAAAACCCACUUUACUUGAAUCUUUAUAAAUGUCAAAUAUUUGAUAAAGGAAUUCAAUUAACCAUCCUUUCUCUCUUAGUUUCUCUAGAAAAAGAAGAGCAAGGAUGUCCAGUAUAGAAAAAACUGUAAAUUCAAUAAUUAUUUCAUGCAUUUAUUAUUGCGGGUUUGUCAUUUUAGACUAAAAAGGGAUUUAAAUUGGAGCAAAUUUAAAAAAAAUUCUAUUUAAUUCAUAAUUUUUAUGACAAAUGUGAGUUUAAAUUAUCCU